AAGUGCGGCUGUGAAUGGCGUCUGGAGGCCCCGCGCUGGGAUGGAGGGCGGUGAAGCGGGUGGCGGGGGGCUUCUGCAGCAGAUCCUCAGCCUCCGGCUGGUGCCCCGUGUCGGCAAUGGCACCACCACGUACUCCAGCCCGCUCUCCACCUUCCCAGAGAUGUGGUACGGCGUCUUCCUGUGGGCGCUUGUGUCCUCCCUCUCCUUUCACGUCCCGGCAGCUUUGCUAGCGCUCUUCACGCUUCGGCACCACAAGUACGGCAGAUUCAUGUCCGUGAGCCUCUUGUUGAUGGGCAUCGUGGGACCCAUUACCGCCGGCAUCCUCACAAGUGCUGCCAUUGCUGGAGUUUACAGAGCUGCAGGGAAAAAAAUGAUUCCCUUUGAAGCCCUCAUUUUGGGAGUGGGCCAGACAUUCUGCGUGGUGGUGGUUUCAUUUCUACGCAUUUUAGCCACUCUGUAGCUCUUCUUCAGUCACUAGAGCUCUCCAAUCAAAGGAAGAGCAAAGGAUCUGCUGCCUGUGCCACCUCUGAAACAAAUUUGAGGGAACAAAAUGGGAGGUGUGCCUGGGUGUGUGCUUACUCUGCUGGACAAAGGUAACCCAAGGGCCUGCUCCUCCUUCCAGCACGGCUGGAAAUUAAGCUAAAAAAUGGUGAUUUUUGUUAUUUUUUGUAACAUUAAGUGCCAAGUGAAACUUUAUUUCCCUGGAGGGUAGGAAGCUAAAUGGCUUCUAGAGUAGAAGGCCCAUCUACCUUUUGCCAGUGAUGAAUUCUAGCAACAGGAUGUAGCUAGGAGGUGAUAGUAGCUGCUGUGGGCUAGAACCAGUGCUACAGAGUGAAGUAAUGCUCACUUAAUGCUUUGACUUAUUGCUGCUUUGUUUGCAGUGAAUUCUACUAAUGUGAUUUUUUUAAAUGAAAAAAUGAAUUUUUCUUCCUGGCCCGAAUACCACCUCUUGCUCAUAGUGAAUUUGGAAGCAGCAAAAGGAAAAAUCAUUUUAGACGAUGAAAUCACAGAUUUGUCGCUGAGAACCGUGGCUAUGAAUGCUGCAGUGGGGAGAAUAACUGGUGUAAAAAGGAUUGAUAUUUUUGUGUAUUUUAUUACAGUGAAGCCCUCCAGGCACUGUGUACCUUCUGCCUGAGAGGCAGAGCACAGCUGAUGGGACACUACAUCACACUACCCCCACUACCGACACUGGGAAUCCCAGGGCACAUGUGUUGAGCGCUCAGUGUUGCUUCUUGGGCUCUGAAGGAGACUUGUGGUUUUAAACUUCUCCAUUCUCCUUUUACUUGCUUAUCAUGUUUACAGUGAUGUGGUGGAACUGGAUGUCUUUGCUGACAUGGAAACAUUCCUGGCCAGUUUAUACAAAACUCAGCACACUGCUUCUUAGGUGACUGUGCUGGUUGGUGCUGGGUUGGGAUAUGGGGCUUCCUGGGUGCAGAGGCAACCAGCUCACAGCAUGGUGCCAAGUAGGAUUCCUGCAAGGCUUCUGGGAGGAGCCCCAGUAAUUCCAAUGUCCCAGCCCAGCCCUUGCCAGCAGGCAGCAUGGUCUCUCCAAAUGAAUUGAUUUAGUUUGGUCUAAGUGACUUUUAAAAACUAGAGCUGGCCUUUUACUAGGAGACAUGCCACAUGGCUGGGGCACUGUGGUAGCUGGCUGGGUAUUUCCUGGGAGCUUGGGUUUUAGUGGACCUUGGAGAAGGUGAGGUUGAGUGCCAAGGAUAAGGGGUUGAUGUAGCCAGUCCCAUGGCUCUGCUGUGGUCCUUUGGUUAUUGCCACUGACAUGGCAUGGGCUGCCAAGGGAAGGUGUGGUCUGUAUCCAGCCUUGCACAACACAUCAGUGUUUUUGCUGAACUCCUUUGUUUUCCAAACCUGCUUGCCUGUUGUACCUACAGCUUAUCGUAAGGCCAGUUAUCCUUCACGAGCCAUGUGUCCUAUCUGCUGAAACAACCCUAAGCAGGGCACUCUGUGUAUCAUGAAGAAGAAUUUCUCUCUAUAUACUAACUAAUUUCUCAGGAGCAGUCUGUUGGCAGCCAGUGGUGAGAAGUGUUUUUCAGGAGCUACUUGCUGAGAUACCCUAAAUUUUAUCCCAUGUUAAUUCAGGAAAUAAAGCUGUGCAUUUUAGGGAAGACUUUAAUGUGAAUCCUUCUCUCUAGGUGGGUGAGGUCCAGGUGGUAUAACAAAUUCUAAGCCCUGGAUUUCCCGAGAGCCCUACAUGCUGUGCUGCUUGUAGAGAGCCUGUCUUCCUACUGCGUCAUCUGUCUGGGGAAGGUUGGGCCUCUCCUUCCCUCUUUGCUUCUGCCCCCAAUGAAAAAACAGGACUAGUGAUCUCUCUAGAUGUCUUUUUCCCCUCCCCAUUUCAAAUGGCUGCACACAUAGUGCAUGUCCAUAGUGCCUGGACAUUUAAUUCACAUGAGUUACUCUGUGUUUUCCUGGGUGGAUUAGACUGGGCAGAGCUGGCCUUACCUUCAGGUGAAGCUAGAAAACAGUGUCCUGGGCACGUGCUGUGUUCCCAUUUCCCUCACCCCAAAGACUAAGCUGAUGGCAACUAUGAAAGCACUUUAUCAGUGUGUCAUGUGAGAUGGGACAAGGCUGGUUCCUCUGGUGUAAUGGGGCUGAAGCAUACAGGGUGCAAAUCUGGGCUGUUAAGAACAAGAAUUGUUUAAUAAAAUCACUUGGUGCUGGGUGAAGUGAAACCCUCCUGGUUUUUACCCACUGUGAUCUCCAAAGUCUGUCUGGGCGAAGAGGAAGGGGUCUGCUUUACUUGAAGAGUUGACAGCUUGGCCACUGUUUGGAAGUUGAGUGGUUAGAACCAGUGGUGUCUCUCUGUGUCCAGGCGCUGUGAAAUUUGCAGGGAAUUCUUGCUUAGGAGGUGAACAAUCAGCUGCUGGCUUGUCUUGACAGGGAUUAGCACUGGGGGUGUGUUCUUUGGUGCUCACAGGGUAUCCACUGCUCCCCUGGCUGCCUUCCCCACUUCCUUGUCCGGUAAAAUCAGAUCCAAGCAGCAAGGAGUAGUGUUGGUCAGUAAUGGCAGCUUCCUCCCCUCUCAGUGCAUUAGCUUGGUCUUCCCUUUACAUUCCUUUAUGCUGAGGUGAGCAGAGAAAUCCCUUCAGUUUUCAGCAGGCGGCAGUAGACUUUGCUCAGUCAAACUUGCCCAAAACUUCAGAGUUGUGAAUCAUCGGUGCUGAGGUGUUCCAGGCAGUGCUGUGAGCCCCUGGCCAGCGUCGCUUGAGGAAGCACCUUGCAUAGAAGCUGCCUGCCCUGGAGAAACAUUGCUGCUGAGGCUCGUGGCCCUGCUCGCUGUGUGCAGACGUGCCCUGGGCUGCUCUGAUUCAGCUCCCACCCCACUUCCUGUCUCACUAAUGACUGAGGCUGUCGCAAACAAAUCUUUGUAUGAUAGGAAACUGUAAAUUUUAUUUUUCUACUGACCCGUCUAAUCCUUGUGAUGAUUACCAGUAAAUUCUGUAACCAUU